UUUACAUGUAACAUUCAUGAUUCAGUUUCCAUUGAGUUGAGUUGAAAUCAUUUGUUGAAUUUGAACAAUACAACAACAAGAACAACACAAUUACAACCCUUGGACCAACAAGAUACAAUGGAUAAGAUAAAAUUAUCAUGUUUCCAUUUAAUUUAUUUGAUAUUAUGUUUGAUUUCAAACGUGAAAUUAUUUCCAACCAAAUCACCUGAGAUUUUAUCUCCAAAUUCAACUGAAAACUUUCAACAAUCAUCAUCAUCAUCAUCAUCAUUGGCAUCAUUAUCAUCAUGUCCAAAUUCAUGUUAUUGUGAUCAGGAUAAUCUUUACGUGAGUUGUGUCGGUGAUGACCAAUGGGAUUCAAAUUUACCUUUACUGCCCAUCACAGUGACCAGAUUAGAGAUUAAAAAUUAUAACUUAUCAUCCUCAUCCUCAUCAUCAAAUCUCAACUUGUCCAAUUUAAAAUCACUCCAAGAAGUUAAAUUAAAUUCAUUAAAUUUAAUCUCCCUCAGCAAUGAAACUUUCAAUAAUCUUAUACACCUUGAAAGGCUUGACCUUAGUAAUAAUAAACUGACCACUUUGAAUGUUGGUGUUUUCAGCUCAGCAACUUCAAUCCUUAAAUUUGUUGACCUCUCAUCAAAUAGAUUACAAUCAAUUUAUGAAACAUUUAAUGGUUGUAAUUCAAUUGAACAUCUUAAUUUAAGGUCUAAUCAAUUGACCAACAUAACAAUCAACACUUUCAUUGGAUUAGUUAAACUGGUCUAUCUUAAUCUAGAUGGUAAUCUUAUUACAACAAUUGAAUUAGGAUCAUUUCUACAAUUAACUCGACUUGGACAUUUGAUUAUCUCAAAUAAUCCAAUAUCAAUGUCCACUCGUUUCGAUUCAUUGUCCACUAAAUUAAAGUACGUUGAUGUUUCCAAUAUAUCAUUAACUUCAAUUCCUCAUGGUAUCGAUCCUUUCAUACGUGAUUUAAGAUUAUCGGGUAAUGCAAUUAGUAAAAUCAGUUCCGGUGACUUCGAUAAUUACCUUUACUUGAAUGUUUUGGUCCUCGAUUCUAAUGGUUUGUCUAUCGUUGAAUUGGAUUCAUUGGGUCGACUUGAAUAUCUUAUUGAACUUUGGGCUAAAGAUAAUCAACUGACCUCACUGCCCAUUGAUCUUCCCCCCUCUUUACGUAAAAUGUAUUUAUCUCACAAUCAACUGACCACAAUCAACUCAACCAUUUUCAGUCCAUUGGUAAAAUUGGAAAGACUUGAUUUAUCCAACAAUUUGAUUACUACAAUUGAAACUGAUUCAUUGUCUAAUUUAGUUAAUUUGGUUCGUCUCAAUUUGAGUAACAACAAACUGACCAAUCUGGUUAAUGUUAAAUGGCCAAGUAAUUUGAAAUGUCUUGAUCUCUCUGCUAAUCCAAUUGUAAUCAUUGAUUUAAUCAGUUUAACAUCAACACCAAAUUUAGAGGAAUUAAAUUUGUCCAAAAUCGUUUCAUCAUCAUCAACAUCGUCAUCACAAUUAACCGAGACUAUUAAUUGUACUGAUGUUCACCUUAAUCAUCUCAAGAAACUUGAUCUUGAACAAAGUUACAAUUUAGCUGAACAAUUUAUGACAAUAGUUGAUUGUAACAUUAACCAUAACUAUCAGAGAGUUAAUUUAAUUGCGUCCAAUUUAACUGAAUUAAAUCUCCUUGGAACCGGAUUGAAAUCAUUGGGUAAUUUUGUUGGAAACAAAAAUUUACUUCAAAUUGAACAAUUAACAUUUGAUUCGCAACAAUUAGAUUGCUCAUUAGAAGAUAAUCAACAAUUAAGCUUAUGGUUAAAAUCGGCAAAGUUAACAAUCAAACCUUCAAGUGAAGUAAUUAAAUGUGAAUCUCCUCAACAAUUAAAAGGAUUACCUUUAAUCAAGUUACAUGACCAUCUUAACAUUAAAUUAAUUAACAACAAUCAAUUGGCCUUAUCUCCAAUAACAACAUCAAAAUCAGCUAAUAAUGAUGAUGAAACAUCAACAAUAAUGCCCAAAGGUUUGACUCAGGUAAAUUUAUCAUCUUCAUCAUCAAUGUCAUCAUCCAGUCAUCAUUAUCUUGAUACAAAAUUGAAUCAUUCAAAGGAUUAUGCCUCAGGCGAUUUACAUUUAAACCAAACAAAUAUCAACAAUAAUGAUGAUGAUGAUCAUCAUCAUUUGAUAAUAGUAAAUGGCAACAUAAGCAUCACCAAUGGUAAACAUGAUAAACCAACAUCUUCAUCAUCAUCCUCAGGUCACCAAGUUGUUGUUACAUCAUUUUCAUCCCAUGAUGAUAAUCAUCAUGCUAGUGAUUAUGGUUCACCUCAAAUCCUUUCAAAUAAUCGUACAGAUAAAGUUGAUUAUCUGCCCUCAGGUGAGAUAAAAGUUUCAUCUGAUAAUAACAUAAAAACAAUGUCCAUGAAUAAUCAUGAUAACUUAUCAUCAUCAUCAUCAUUAAACCAAAGUAACCAAAAUGAUAAUAUUGAAGGUAAACAAUCAUCAUCCCAUAAAUUACAUUCAACAACAAUAAAACCUGAUAAUAAAUCAAUAAUUAAUGAAACAAUUAACAAUCCAAGUCGACUAAGUGAAAAUUUCAAGCGUUCAAUUAUUCAAAAAUCUUCAUCCUCAUCCUCAUCUUCAUCUGUACCAUUAAUUUCAUUAUCAACUUCCUCAUCAUCUUCCGGUUUACUAUUAUUACCUUCAUCAUCCUCAUCACUUUCAUCUUAUCAAACUUUACCAUCAUUAUCAACUGCUUCCUUGUCAUCAUCAUCAUCGUCAUCAUCUCACCUUGCUUCAUAUGGAAUUGUAUCUUUCAUAAUUGGAUCAUUAAUUAUAACUACAAUGCUUUGUUUCGCAAUUUUAACCAUGAUUAAAUCUCGUAAAAUUUACACAUCAAUUGUGAAAGACACUCGAGUGGACAAUAGAUCUUGGUUACAUCGUAGUGUCUCCUACCUCUCUCAAACUGAUGAGGUCUCAUUCUUAAGUCUAACGGACACAAUUGACCUGAGUAAUAACGUUAAUGGGUCAGGGGGAAGAGGAAGAUUAAGUGGAUUAAGUGGAUUGAGAUAAAGAUCCAAAUAUCGAGUUUGAUAGCCAAUGUUAUGGUCAAUCACAAAGUAAAUGAUUUACAUCUUGCCAUUGAAAAUAUUUCAACUAAUUUGCUAACAAUUAAAAGUUCAACUGUUAAUAAAAUUACAAUUUGUAUUAUAUUAAAUAAAAAAAUAGUAAUAUUGAUAAAUAUUAAUAACUUUCAUAAAGAUGAUUAAAGGUUAUUCAUUUGCAAUAAUAAAAUAGUGUAAUCAAUGUAAAAUAUCAAUACCUCUAAUGAUCAGCAGAAAGUUAAUCAUUCAUCUUGAUGAAGGAACAAUUUAACUUAAUUAUCAAUGAUUAACCACCAGAAUCAUAUUAUGUAUACAAUGUUCAUUAAAAAAACUUCCCAUUUAAUAACAUGUUUACAGAAUUCAAACUUGAUUUCAUCUUCCCACCUCUCAUCUUAUUCAUCUUAACAACAAUCAUCUUGACAUGUAAAGCUUUUUUCAUCCACCGGUGGGAGAAAAACUCAUUUUCAUCUAGAUCAUGUUUCUCUCUCUCUCUCUCUCACCGCCUUCAUCUUUUUUAUCCUCCAUCACUUGUGAAUAAAUGACUCACUCAUGUUGAUAAUAAGAGUUGAUGCUCUAAAUGAUGAAUGAAUUUCUAUAACUUCCAAUUGGAUUCUGAUGACCAGGCUUGGUGAAUUCUAGAACAUCUUAUAAGCGAAUGGUGAAAAUUCAAUAUAUUCUUAUGUAAAUAUUGAAUCUCUUUCUCAUUUAAUUAUAAAUGUAAAUUCAUCAAAAGACAAGAGUAAAAUAUUAUCAACUAAGCAACAAAAAGUUUCUAAUAAAAAAAACGAUGAUUAUAUUAGCAA